AUGGCGUCUAAGGAGUCUAUGUUGUCAGGCUUAUCUGCUCUGAAGGACGACGAUCCUCCUCCUUACAUCCAUCCUCACUACAAGGAAUCCUAUCGUCUGGCCAUCUAUGCAUUGCUAUGUGGAGGAAAGGAUGCUUAUAAUGACUUCCUCCAGGCCGAGCAGGUCAACCACUUCCUGUCUGACAGAGAAAUCCGUUUCAUCCUGGAGAACGCCGAGCCCCCUCAGCCAGAGGAUGAUGACGACAGGGCAGAGCGGAACCCCUGGGGAGGAGGCGAACCAGGCCAAUCCACGUACUUUCCUCUAGAGUCAGACGAGGAGGUUCCUGACCUGGACCUGGGCUGGCCCGAGGUGGCUCUGGAAGACCAGGACACUAGUAUCAGUUUACUUUUCCACCCGCCCAGGCCCAGCACACCUACCAUCAAGGAGGUGAUUCGCAAACAGAUCCAGGAUGCCAAACAGGUGGUCGCCAUAGCAAUGGACAUCUUCACAGAUGUGGACAUUUUCAAGGAGGUUCUCGGUGCCACGCUACGGGGUGUGGUUGUCUACAUUCUCCUGGACAAGGGGCACUUUGGCAGCUUUUACGCCAUGUCGCACAGAGCUGGCGUCAACAUCCAAGAUCUCAAGAACAUUCGUGUACGGACAGUACGAGGUCAGCAGUAUCAUUGUCAAUCUGGGAUCAAGUUUCAUGGUGGCUUAGAGCAGCGAUUCAUCCUGGUGGACUGCCGUAGUGUUUUAUACGGAACGUACAGCUAUACGUGGUCCUUUGAGAAGAUCAAUGUGAGCAUGGUGCUGGUGAUCACUGGUCAGCUUGUGAGCUCCUACGAUGAAGAGUUCCGCCGCCUUUACGCUCGCUCAACCAUCCCUGAAGAGCUAUGCAAGGAGAGGUCACGUGUGGAGUACCUGAGAGAACCGGCACUCCUGCGAAGUCCAAACUCCAGCCAACUUUCCCUGCAACAACUUCACAUGAGACCCCGAGGUCCUCGUGGCUUAAGGGUUUUGGCUCAGGAAGAUGUCUUGGACACUGGCGCCAUCAUGACCAGGGGCCUUAGUAUGCAGGACCGCCUGCAUCUCUCCCACUUUCCUGACCACAUGACGAGGGGCCACAGUUUUGGGGGCGACCUUCAAAAGUUAAAUCCCAUGACUCGGUUGAGGAUGGGGACAAAAGAUAUAGGAGUCCCUAUUGUUCCUAACAGGAUGUCUCAACAGCAUAUUCGACACCAAAAUCGCUACGGUCCAGACCAGAAUCUGAUCCCGUUCAACUCUGAGACGUCCCUCCACAGGUGGAAAAUGGACACAUACCUGAACAGCCAGGUGAACCUUGACGGCUCCUGCGAUGCUUUGUCCCCGCUGACUUCGCCGUACAACAGUCGCACUGGCCUGAAUGACCACCAGCCGCAGGGGAUCCAGAACAGGUCAAGGGACAUUAAGUCCCGCUUGGACGAGAUCCGACAAAAGAGACUCAGUUUACAGGAAUUCAAUCAUCUCAGAGAGAGUCAAGAGUCCCUCCGAUCCAUGUACCAAAGCUUGGAUCGGGCCAAGUUCAAGUCUUCGUUAAGAGGCCUUGACGCCAGGCAGAAUGUGCCAGAGAUGGUUGGGUACCUGGAAGCCACAAACCAUAAAGACCUCAAUUCAAACCAGGAGGAUUGCAGAUACCACUCCACCUCAUACUUUGACAUCCAAACAGGCCCAGAGCAAAAAGUGACACCAGGUUACGAAUGGUAUGAGCCACUUGCUAGGACCACUUCGGCUGCCCACUUGGAGGACAAGCUGAAAGACCAGUCUCCCAAGUACCCCGGUGGUCUCCAGCGCCCUAGAACCAUGGAGUCGUUGAUUGAAAUCCCAGAGGAGAAAGAAGGUUCCAGUAAUCCUGUUAAUGGUAUAAAUGCGGUCAAAGACAGAAACAACAUAAAUGACGAUAAGACUUCCAAAAUGCAAUUGAGUGAGAAAAAGUCAGGCUCUCAAGAAUUAAAGUCACCUGUUCAUGAAGAGGACACACUUCCACAGUGUGCAUCCGAGUUAAAAAGUCACCCUCGUGACGAUUUCACGCUUCAGCGGAAAAACUCCACCAGGACAAAAAGCUUAGACGAAAAGAAGACUUCCAAGAAGGAGGAGAAGUCCCUCCAAAGGAAGGCCUCGCUAAGAUCGCAAAACUCUAGCGGUUCAAACUCACGGGCCUCUCCUGUGGGAAAAGCUCAAGGCAACGAGCACCGAAGCAGCCAGAACUCCAUCGGCAAGUCCUCAGUAGAGACUGAAAAGCCAAAGUCUACGUUCAACUUCCACCGAUUAUCUUCUCACCGUUCCAGCAAACGGAAGCCGAACCCGGUUGCAUCGGCGCAAGAGCGAGGCUCGCAGGAAUAUCUGGAGGAGCAGGAAAAGGCAGCCUACGAGAACCGGCAGGAGAAGGCCUACAGCCGCUACGAGUACCUUCUACGUUCUAGUGUUCCUCUGGACAAGGCCAAGCGGGGAGAGGCAGGGCAUUCUUCAGAAAACCUACCGUAUCAAACACAUGGUGCCAGUGACAACAAACUGGGACGAUUCAUGCAACGGGUUGGAAAUCUCAUUGGGAAGAACAAGUAG